AUGCUCCUCGACGUGCCCCAGGAGUGGUUCGCCCUCGCGCUGGCCCGGCUCUUCAAAGUCUCGCCGCGCUACGAGGGAGAGAGCCUCGUCCUCAGAGCCGCAAACAUGCCCGAACUGCGCCUCGCGCGUGACGCAAUCGCCGCGCGGGUGCAGUGCGAGGUGUUGUGCGCGCCCAAGCCGCUCACCCUUCUCGACGCGGGCGACGAGGCGGCCGCCUGGCUCGAGGCUGCGACGCAGAUCCCGGGCGUGCGGCUGACUGGCUUGCCUCGCGAUUCGGACCGAGUGGUGGUGGUGAACCAGGACCAGGGCGACGCGGUCCCGACCUCCGGUGCCGCACCCGUCUCGCUCGCCGACGAGGCGCCUUUCCUGCUGACGUCGGUCGAGUCGCUCGCCGACCUGAACGCGCGGCUCAAGGCGCGCGGCAAGGCUGCGGUGGACAUGCAGCGCUUCCGGCCGAACAUCGUGGUCGGCGGGCUGCUGCCGUGGGAGGAGGACACGAUCAAGCGCCUCGCGAUCGACGGCGUCGAGUUCCACGCCUGGCAGCGCUGCGGGCGCUGCAAGAUGACCACCAUCGACCGGCAGACGCUGAAGCACGGGCCGGAGCCGCUCGCCACCCUCUCCACCUUCCGCGAGCGCGAUCACGGCCAGCGUAACUUCGGGAUGCACCUCGUGCCCGCAGAAGGCUGGGCCGGCGCCGGGCGGGUGUCGGUGGGUGGCAGGCUCGAGGUGCUCGAGUACCACGAGGAGCGGCGCGCCGAGUGGCUGCGCCUCUUUCGCGGCCAGUGA